AUGAAUGAACAAGAGUCCAUAGUAGAUAUGGGGAAGCGCCCCUCUCGUCAGCGACGACAUUUGCCUACUUCCAUCACAUCAGCAGCCAAAACUCGGUCAAAUAAAGAGCGGCGCAACAUUGCAUUGAUCAGCAUGCUUAAUCAAAAAGAGGAUGACAACUGCAAAAGCACAGAAUAUGAGCCUACAACUACAGCAACAAGACGCAGAAAGCCACAUCAGCAGCAGCAACAACAGAUACACAAACAAAAGGCGCGUCAGUUUGUCACCAAGUCGAAAAAGACAGCUGUUAGUACUACCAAACUGAUUCUAUAUGCCCUGAGCAGCUUGUGGAUUGUGUUUGUCAUGUACCGCAUCUACUACAGCGUGCAAACUGAAGACAUGAGCUACCUGAGCAUUGUUCAUUUUAUAUCAAAAAAGGUAACUGAUCUGAUGCACGAGCCAACAUUGUAA